AUGACGUUCGCCUUGGGUGUCACGGCCUCACUGGCGGCGCCAUUGAUCAUGACCUUGGGUUUUCUCGUAUGGGAACAUCACUGGCAAGGCAGUGCUUUCGCCCUCAACUUAUUCAAGUGUAACGUGGCCAGUGUAGGAUUCUUGAUCCUUGCCGUCUCGACCCGACGACUCGCGCAGGAGGAGAUCCUGGACGAUGCCGUCUUUACUACCCGGGCCGUGGGGUAUCUGUUCCUGUCCUCCACCAUUGGCAUUGUCAUUGGCGAUUGGACCUGGCUGCAGGCUUUGCAAAUUCUGGGAGCACAAAGAGUCAUUUUCAUGGACAGUUUGAAGCCUUUCCUGGCCGCCGUCCUGGGUUGGCUCGUACUCGACGAAGAAUUGCGACUCGCCGCGUUGGGAGGAAUUGUACUGACCGUAGCCGGUGUCGUAUUGGUUGCGGUCGAAAAAGAACAACCGACUGCGAUUGUUGUGGAAGAACAGACGGAUUGUGAAUCCGGUACCGACAAUGCCGUUGACAAACCAGCUCCUCCAUUGUUGGACUUGCAGCGGGAUGGAUCUCUCCAAUUGAACGAAACAGAGCACUCUGUAGACAAGGACAACACACCAUUGACUUUAUCUGUACCAACGCUAUCCCAAACGACGGCUGAAAGAGAUUCUGACGAUCGCAACGACAAUCCAGUACGACCGGAAGCGUCUUUGCCAGAGUCAUCCGAAAAGGACGAAAAUAGCGACAUUCCCGAAUCCCGGAAUAACUUACGGCUCGGCUACGCCAUGUCCAUUCUCAACGUAGGAUUAGACACGUAUGGCGCUGUGCUGAUCAAGGAACACGGAGUCCGUAUGACGGUGUGGGAAAUUAACUUGCUGCGCUUUGGUUUUGCCGGUGUCGUCAUGCUUUGCGCCUCCGUGAUUAUGCGUUUGUGGACUACCGCUAUGCCCAGAAACGUACCAAUGCCACACUUACCGUUAGUCUUUUGGUAUCAUCACAAGGCUCCAACUUUAACCGCCACGCUAGGCGCCGUGCUGGCCGUGGCAGGGAUAGUCAUCCUGGCCUUUCGAGGGACUCUAGAAAACAACGGCGCUGAUAGUGAACUAUAA